AUGUAUAAAGGUAGACCAAGUACUGUCACAUUGGAAGAAGAAGAGGAGGAGGAGACAGGAGAUCUGAUUAACAACAGAGAGAGACCAGACUCUCACUUUGACAGCGAAAAGAGUCCUUCAUUGGAACCAGACCCAGAGACGCCCAAACCAGCGAAACAACAUCACUGCUCUCGGUGUGGAAAGAGUUUUACCCAUUUAGGGUAUCUGAAAUCACAUGAGCGGAGGCACCCAGGAGAAAAGCCUUUCCACUGCUCCCAGUGUGGAAAGAGAUUCUCCAUGUCAAGUAACCUGAAAAAACACGAGAGAACACACUCAGUAGAGAUGCCUUUCCACUGUUCCCAGUGUGGAAAGAGCUUUACACAGUUAGGGCAACUGGAAAAACAUAAAAGACUACACACUGGAGAGAAGCCCUAUCUCUGCUCCCACUGUGGUAAGAGUUUUACCCAAUCAGGUACCUUGAAAUCACAUGAGAGAACACACUCUGUAGAGAAGCCUUUCCAAUGCUCUCAGUGUGGAAAGGCGUUUGCCCAAUCAGGUACUCUGAAAUCACAUGAGAGAACACACACUGUAGAAAAGCCUUUCCAAUGCGCUCAGUGUGGAAAGGGUUUUACCCAGAUGGGGAGCCUGAAAAAGCACGACAGAACACACACAGGGGAGAAGCCUUUCCAAUGCUCUCAGUGUGGAAAAGGUUUUACCCAGAUAGGGAGCCUGAAAGGUCAUGAAAGAACACAACACAUACAGGGAAGAAGCCUUAUCACUUCCCCCAGUGUGAAAAUUAUUGUCAUUUAUCCGGCUAGGGCACCUGAAAGAACAUAAUAUAACACACACACGGGAGAAGCCUUUCCAAUGCUCCCAGUGUGAGAAGGGUUUUACCCAGAGAAGCUUGCUGAA